GCCCGUCGUAGUCUAGGGCGCCCGAUCUGGAUAUGCCCUUGAGGGCCGAUAAGGCUGAUAACUGGGCCGUGGGGGAAAAGGCGUCGUCUUUUGGGCAAGGACCAGGACGGCAGGACGAUAGGUAUGGAUCUCUGGGGUCCGGGAGCUCGUCGAAGGCCGACGAGGUCGAUAGCUGGUUUAGUAACAAGAAGCCGGUGGUCUCGGGACCACCGGCGCCUUCGAGGCACUCUGGAUUUGGAUCUGGGUUUCGUGAAUCAGCAGCUGGAUCAUCGGAUUCGGAUAGAUGGGUUCGAGGAGGAGGAGGAGGAGGAGGAGGAGGAGGGAUGAUGAUGUCGAAUGUUGGGGAUCGUGAUGUGCGUGAGAGGCCGAGGCUUGUUCUUGAUCCUCCGAAGGGGGAGACAUCGACGGAGAUGAGCAAGACGACUCGGGCUAGCCCUUUUGGGGCUGCUAGGCCGAGGGAAGAGGUGUUGGCUGAGAAAGGGGUUGACUGGAAAAAGAUGGAGAGUGAGAUUGAGGUCAAGAAGACAAGCAGGCCGACUAGCCCACAUUCGAGUAGACCUUCAAGUGCGCAGUCAAGUAGGCCUGGAAGCUCGGGCUCGCAGGUGGCAGGUGGUGAUGGAGGUGCUAAGAUUCGCGCAAAGGUGAAUCCUUUUGGAGAUGCGAGGCCGAGAGAGGUGCUUUUGGAGGAGAAAGGAAGGGAUUGGAGGAAGAUGGAUUCGCAGCUAGAGCAGCGCAGGGUUGACAGACCCGAGACAGAGGAGGAAAAGCUGCUGAAAGAUGAGAUAAAUAAUCUAAAGAAGGCAUUGACGGAGGAAACUGAAGGAAACAUGAAUGGCGAUUCUGAGCAGAUUACUUCUGAAAAACAAACUGAUCUCCAUGAGCAAAUUUCUCAGAGAGAGAAAGAUCUUGACAAGCUCGCCCGUGAGUUGGAUGACAAGGUUCGAUUUGGCCAGAAAGCCACUGGUUCUGGUGCGAGCAGGAUUGCGUUUCCCUCAGAUAGGCCCCCUUCUCAGUCUGGUAUGUCUGAAGACUCGAAAAAUGUGGACUACAUGGAAAGGCCUCGAUCUCAUGGUGGCACUGGGGAAUCAUGGGGUAAGCCCUUGGAUGAAAGGAAAGGCUUUCAAGGAGGAAGAGAAUCAGGUUUUUUUGGCAACAGAAGCAUGGACAGGUCAAGGCGGGAUGGUUGGUGAAAGCUGCUGCUGCUGAAAUUCUUGCUUUUUUCCUUUUACAGCAGAAGCAUAAUAAUGUCUUACUGAAUUUUGUUCUACUUAUUCCUUUUUUUCUAUUUUAAUGUUUUUGGUUUUUGGUUUUGGUUUUGUAACUGAGAAAGCGUCAAGAAUUUGUUGUUAACUGCAUAAACUUAUCACCACACAAUUUGACGCUCCCUUGAUGUGGUGUAAGAUUUGCUAAUUUUCCAUGUAAAGGCAAAGCUUGAGCAGCUGUAUUUUUCAAUUCUUGAUCUCAAUUACUCGUAAUUUGCAGCACUGUGUAUGUUGGUUCAAAAUUUUGCUUU